AUGGCGGCGGAAGAGUUUAACAUCAAAAACAAGCAGAAGAGGCAGCAGCUCUUUGCCGAGCUGAAAGAUGAGAAAAACAAAGAGCGUCACAAGAUGAGAAGAGAAAGAGCUAAGCAGGAAAGGGAUGAUGCCGAAGCAAAGAGUAAGAGAUUAGCAGAGAACGUGCCCAACACGAUAGAAAACAUGAGAGUUUACGAUGAGACGAUAGGCCACGAAGCUGAAGGCGAUGAAGAGGAUCUAGCACGAUUUUUCAAUACCAAGGGAGAGCCACCAAAGAUUCUACUGACGACCAACGUGAACGCCAAGAAGAAGGCUUAUGAGUUCGCCAACGUGCUGAUUGAGGUUCUGCCCAAUGUCACAUUUAUCAAGCGGAAAUUUGGUUAUAAGCUGAAGGAGAUCGUCGAUAUCUGCAGCAAGAGAGGCUUCACGGACCUAGUGAUAAUCAACGAGGACAAGAAAAAAGUCACGGGGCUCACCUUCAUACAUCUGCCGGAGGGGCCAUCGUUCUAUUUCAAAAUAAGCUCCUACGUCGAGGGCAAGAAGAUUGUCGGACACGGCAGGCCCACCAGCCACAUACCAGAACUUAUCCUCAACAACUUCCAGACAGGGCUCGGCAAAACCGUUGGCAGGCUGUUCCAGUCGAUAUUCCCCAAGAACCCGGACUUCGAGGGCAGACAAGUGAUAACUCUGCACAACCAGCGAGACUACAUUUUCUUCAGAAGGCAUCGUUACGUUUUCAGAAACGAGGAAAAGGUCGGCUUGCAGGAGCUCGGACCUCAAUUUACACUCAAAUUAAAGAGACUGCAGAGGGGAAUCAAAGAGGAAACAGAAUGGGAACACAGGCCAGAGAUGGACAAGGAAAAGAAGAAGUUUUACUUGUAA